UGAACUCGUAGCCGGCAAUCAUGAUCGAGUGUUUUCUCCGGCGAUAUUUGCAGCUUCAGGGAUACGCCUUUGGCAUCGGUGCCAUUCUCGGGGUAGUCAUCUUCGAAUGGAUCACCCAGGAUUACGACGCCAAUCGGGUGGAUUAUUUACAAUUCAGCGCAAAUACUUACACAGAACUACGCUACGUGGGAAUUUGGCGCUACUUGUUUCACCUCUGUUGGAUUCUGGUUAGCUGCCUGCUGAUAGUCGGAGUUUUUUGGCACAAGAGUCUACUUUUGUACCCAUUUCUACUGAUGUACUGUGUGGAUUUGUACUUUCUUUUUAUGCGGGACGUGCAACUUUUUUACGCCUCCGAGAAUCUUGAACCGUUCCGAGUAGUGAUCGAUCCUGUCAUAAUAUUCAUCAUCAUUUAUGGUCUUGUGCAUGUGCUGGUAACGCUGAUUGCACUGCACAAACUUUUUCGGCACAACUCCCGGAAAGCCAACCAAAACAACAAACAUUGUACAGAUCGAGGGGAAUAUUAUCGGCCUGAUUCGUUGAGUAGAUACUAUUGAAGAAGUACCUAGUUUGUUCUAAGCAAAAGGUUUAAAUUUGCAAAAGAAGUCUUAUUUUUAUUCGUGCGUACACGAAAAAAUAUAAGUGCAGUUAAAUUUGAGCAUGGUGUGGUAUUAAGUUUUAAAAGAUAAUGAACGAUUGUGGACUUGAUAAAAUGAGCUUUCUACUUCGUAGAUACCUUAUUUUUAGUUUUUAUUCAUA